GGGGCAAACAAAAUAGCCAUCAAUACUGAUUCAGAAACAUUACUAUGACGUUUAAAUAAAUAAGCAGGCCAUUUGUCAAGUGCUCGUAACGAAUAUAUAGGAUGUGUCGAAAUUUGUCAGUUGAGUGACCAUGAAGAAUGCUAAUGUGAUGAGGAGCAGGGGCCAAGUGUACAGCAUUGGUAACUAUCUUAUGACGGGCAAGGUGCUUGGGAAAGGACACUUUGCAAGAGUUGAGGAGGCCACUCAUAGGAUUAUAGGGAAGAAGGUGGCCAUCAAAAUCAUAGACCUGACAUGCAUAAAGGAGGAGUACGCGCGUCGCAACCUGCACCGAGAACCAAGAGUCAUGGCGAAACUAAGACAUCCGUGUAUCGCAGCCUUAUAUGAAACCAUGAUGCACGGGCCGCGGCUGUAUGUGGCCAUGGAGGCAGCAGGAGGCGGAGACCUGUGCGCGCUGGUGCUGGGUGCGCGCGGGGCGGGGGCGCGGGCCACGGGGGCGGGGGGGCUGCCUGAAGCACGCGCGCGCCCCCUCGCGGCUCAGCUAGUAUCCGCCGUGCGACAUAUGCACGCGCGCGGCGUCGUUCACCGUGACCUCAAAAUGGAGAACAUAAUGCUGGACCACUCUAAACAAUACAUCAAAAUUGUAGACUUUGGUCUGUCGAACGUGUGGAGCGCGGGCGGAGCCCUACGAACGCCCUGCGGUUCGCUGGAGUACGCGGCACCCGAGUUGUUCUUGGACGGACGCCGGUACGGCCCAGAAGUUGAUCUUUGGAGCAUUGGGGUGAUAGUAUACGGUAUGGUGACUGGUGGACUUCCAUUCACUGGUGCUGAAUGCCCGGCGGGCACAGAGGGGAGGUCACGGCCGCAACUCCGUGCAGCUAUAUCACGAGGGUUCUCAAGGAAACAGCGAGCCGCGCUGGCUUGCUCUUCCAUAGAAUGCAAAACUUUUAUCCAGCACUUAUUGGAACCAAAAGUGGAGCAGCGGAUGAAAAUUGAGGAAGCAUCGAGGCACCGCUGGAUCAAGCGACCCGGCAUGAGGAUGAAGAUCCACCCCUUCGGAUCUGUAGAACCCAGGGUCAACAGAGAAAUAUACGCACAGAUUUCCGAGCUUUGUGGCCGAACCAUAAUGGAUGUGAUUUCUGAGAUCAAAGCAGACCCUUUCGGCUCCAUCGCUGGGAUAUACAACAUCAAAAUGCAUCUCCACCAAGCACAAGUCGCACCUGGCACGGAUUUGCUUUGGUCUGCUGAUACCCAAGAGUCCAGACCCGUCUCCCCUCCAGCAUAUCAAGCGAAGGAGUUAAUGGAACACCUUACAGAGGCAACCGUGCCAUCAAGUAGUAAAACCUUAUCAUUAAUCGGCACAUCAUUUUCAAAGAACAUAGGAUAUAAUGGACAAUUAAAAUUCAAGCCGCAAACUAAACAAACAGACAUAUCCAACCAGUCUCAGAGUCUCCAAAAAUCUGAUGUCCCAAUAAACCGAAUUUCAACCGUCAAUGCCUCAUCCCAAGUUUCAAAUUUGAAGACCCUGAAACAAGAUCCGGAUAAAUUGAUAAAGAGGAAUCCGACUACCAGUGUUUCCAUCGUUAGGCCUUUGACCAGUUCAUUUGGAAUUAAGAAACCACUCUAUAAGGUGUAUGACAGUGGAGACUGCAGUUUAGACCCCAGACUACCGAGUAUAAAUGAACAUUCCAAUACAGACUUGAAUGAGGCUAAAAAUGGAAGGAGAUAUACAAAAUCAUCUUGCGUAAGGAAAGUCAAUCUGGAGGAAGAUAAAUCAGUGAAGUUGAACAGUUACCAGACCCGUACUAGUGAUGUCAAAAGGACAGAGUUCUAUAGGAGAGCUGGUGAUGGAUUGCCAAGUUGGAGAGCGAGUGGUGUGGUCAAUUCUCCACCUCCGCGGAUUUUGCUUCAAAAUAAUGCUACAACCAUCAAGAGAGCGUCUCUAGGGAACAUUGUAAGUCCACAUUCGUCAUCAAACAGCCACUGUAAGAGCGAACGGGCCAUGCCGGUCGGCUGGUACUCCGCGAAAACUAGCAAAGAAGCAGUCCAUACGCAACGACUGAGACGGACCGCCCCCACAAAAUGACGUGACACCAUUUUGGAAUAUUUACAAAGCGUUUUGUUUAAACUAUUUUUUUGUUAACUUAAUUGUAAUUUUAAGCGAAUAAAAAACAUUAUGUCAUUGCAUGUGUGCAGUUUGGAGGCGAAGUUUUGGUAUUGUUGAUUAUAAAAUUUUA